AUGGUUGAUUGUAAGGUUGCGUCCGAAAAUGGCGAGCUAUCAUCCAAGGCACAGGAAAUGCUUCGCAAAUUUGAUACAAUGAUAAAUAGUUCAUACGUGGAACGGUAUUGGACUUUGACUCGAGUAAACGAGGAGUGCGAAAAAACUCGUUCAGAAGAAAUUAUUUCUAACGAAAAAGAA